CCCCUCCCUCAGAUGGUAAAACAGGAGCCUAGAACUACACAACUCAAACCAGGAAUCAUAUUCGAAGCCACAGCGACAGGAAAGCUCUUGCUAUUGGAGGACCUUUUAAACGCCACCAACGUCAAUGCCAUACAUUUAGCCAAUGGGACACUGUUACAAGUUGCUACCAAACACGGGCAGCUAUCAAUCAUCAAGCUCCUCUUCCGCCGAGUGGCCAUGCUGGACGUGAGGGACGGCGAGGGUUGGACACCCCUGCACAAGGCAGCCUUCAGGGGCGAGGUAGCCAGGGCCCUAAUCAAGGCUGGGGCCCCCAUCUACACCCUGGAUAAACACUCCAUGACCGCCCUCCACCUGGCUGCCAAGAAUGACCACCUUAGUAUAAUCAGAGCCUUAGUGGAGGAAGAGAGAGAAGGAACCAGCAAGAGCUAAAAAAAUCUGACCCAGACUCAAGGGUCAUUCCUCCACUUUGCAGCCAGGGAAGAUGACUCAAAGAUGGUUGAGGUACUCCUCCAGAGUGGGGCCCCUGUGGAUAACCAUAAGAGAAUGCCCUGUUCCAUGUGGUCAGCCGAGGAUUUGAGAGAAACACAACCGUCACCCUGAAGGCAAUUGCCAGAGUCAACCAUACGAUCAUAGACACAGCAGUCAAGCUCAAUCAUGGGUCUAUGCUCUGACUGGUGCUUGGUAUGUAAAGUUUACUACUGUGUUAUGUUUUGGUUCUAAAGUGAACCUAUUAAAACACAUUAGGCUUGUCCAAACAGAACUGAACAUCUGUUACUGAUGUUAUAAACAACAGGGCAUGCUCAAGGUGCUCUGAGUGUGUACACCCUGGUUUCUGCUCUGUUCUCUGCUGUGAGGAAGAACCUGGAUGGGGUUGUAACUGCUCUGGUGGACAGUGGGGAAGAUGUCAACAUGUGUGCACACUCCUCUGCUGAUGUCAGCUGACCUGGGACACAGAG